AUGGGCUCCUGUGCCUCGACUGGAGGGAUUCAGGCCGAUAGUCCCGUGCUAGUGACAGCCCGAGCCAAAGAGGAUGUGCAUCACAAGUUUCGAGCCCACGACGAGCUCUACGAUCGUCACUUGGCUGACCUGAGCUCGGACGGAUUUGACGAAGAGGACGACAGAGGCGAGCGUCCCCAGAGCCCUGAAGAGGCUUCAAAGACCGCGUUGGCUCCCGACUCUACAGCUCACUUAUCCAACGGUACAGGAAACCAUUUGUUGUCGCAAGCCGGGUCAAAGUUGCCUGACGACCAGCGGAAUAGGCGAGCUGACGACAGCAUCGACGCAUCGAAGCCCAGUGAUCUGAUCAGUUCGGUUGAUAGGCGCGAUUCGACGUUCACCCACGAGGUUGUAGGAAGAAAGGAGGCUGAAAAAGCCAAGAACCCACAAGAGGCGAUAAAUCCACAAGACUCCCUCGAGAGUCACCGUCGUCGGCGGACCCUGAGCCAGCUGGGCCCCAAAGAGGAGGGCGAGGCGAAGGAGGAGCCGACGAAAAUGGUACUGGAAGAGUCCAAAUGCAUCGCCUCGAAUGAGGCUGGACACAUCGAGGACAGUCCCAAGGAAAAAGCGGCGGCGAUCGAGAAAAGCCACAACCCUCACAGGCCGGACGAGGAGAAAGAGGAUAAGAAUCAUGAUAAAAAUGAGAGACUAGCAGACAAUCAACUCAAAGUUGUAGGUAAGUCAUCCCCAAGACGGAUUGCAAAGUCAACUUGA